AUGGCAAUUUAAGCAACCGCGUCUCUCCGUAAACCCUAAUGAGUGAGCAUUUGAUUUCUGGCUCUUGAAUGCUCCGUGAUCCUGAGAUUCUCUACCACCCCCUCGCCGGGCUGCCAAUUUUCUUGAUUGUGAACCAUGAAUUUCCUUAAGCGAGCAAUUACAUCCCAGCUUUCUCAUUCUUCUCAUCCAUCAAGAAAGCCCCUCUUCUUACUCCGCCCCGUCACCCAGUCUUCAUAUUAUUCCACGACCUAUAAGCUCAACAACCCGCAAACCAACAAACCCAGAACCCAGAAGCCACCACAAGAACCAUCAGGAUCGUCUUCUUCGUUGACUUGGUCUCAAAGAGUGAAGAAACAGUCAGAAGAAUUGACUGUUUGGCCGAGGCCAAGUGAAAUUCCCUUCCAAGCCAAGGUUGCAAAUUUAGUGAAUCUUAUUGGUCACAUCACCACUCCGAUUAAGUUUCAAUCCACCCCAGAUGGUAAGUACCUGUCUGGUGCCGUUUUUUCCCAAGAAAAUGAAACUUUAGACAUUCCUGUGGUAUUUGAGGGUGAUUUAGCACAUGUUGUGGCCUCUCAUGUGAAGAAAAACGACUGUGUUUAUGUGGUUGGGCGAUUGAGUGAGGAUCCAUUGCCCUUUGUCCUGAGUGAGAGUCAAGGAAAAUUUCAUCUGUUGGUUGAAAAUAUCAACUUCGUGCAGGGCUUUGAGAAAAAGGCUUUUGAUUUCAAAAGCAAGAAAAGUUCAGCGUCUGACGCUGCUCGAAAUGCCCCGUCAAAAACUGCAAUUGCUGAAGGUGAAAAUGAUGCCAGUGAGAAGUAUUCAGGGAAGACGGUAGAGACUGGGAACUUUGAGCCAAAAAUCUCUCAGACCAGCUUGAGAAAUGCUGACACCAGGAGAGAUGGGGACUCUGUUUGGAGGGAUCUUGUGAACAAUCCAACGCAUUGGAGGGAUUACCGCGAACAGAAGCUUAAAGGAUUGGUAAAGGAAAAAUACCCAGACUUUAAGAACAAGGAUGAUGGUACUGCGCUUUGGCUAAACAAAGCUCCCGAAUUUGUUUGGUCAGGGCUUCAAAGGCUGGAUUUUGAUGGUUAUGCCCCUAAACAGAAGAAUAUGAGCGUUGGUAAAGAUGAGGAAUCUUGGAAGAGUUUGGUGGAAAAUCCGAGCAAAUGGUGGGACAACAGAGUGGGUAAGAAGAAUGCAAAAUCCCCUGACUUUAAGCACAAAGAAACAGGGGAUGCGCUAUGGCUUAACAGCUCGCCAGAUUGGGUUUUGUCUAAGUUGCCACCACUGAAAGAGCCACAAACUGCCCCUGCUGGCAAGAAGAAUAUGCAGGCUACUUGAGCUAAAGUUUGGCAGUGGAGAGCGUUCCAGGUCCAAUGUAGCAGUUUAUGAAGUAUUGGCACUGGAACAAUUGAAGCCUCUCCUUGGAUUUCUGUGUCUAGUGGUUUUGCUGUGGAGCAUCAAGUUAAAAUGCCUUCCGCUUUCAUUUUAACUUGCACUGUCCUUCCAGUGUUUAUUAUGUAGUAAUUAAUUUAGUUUAGGUGAUGCGGGUAUUCAAUUGUUUGAAAACAAUCGCAUGUUGGGACUUUUUUUGGCUAUAUAUAACUUUCUUCAUUA